AUGCCUUCUGUGCAAAAAACUGGAGAAGCCAUUGGUAUUGAUCUUGGUACCACAUACAGCUGUGUUGGUAUCUAUAAACAUGGAAAAGUUGAGAUCAUUGCUAAUGAAAUGGGAAACAGAACAACACCGAGCUAUGUUGCAUUCAACGAUACAGAAAGACUUAUUGGAGAUGCAGCUAAGAACCAGGUGGCAAUGAAUCCACAAAAUACAGUAUUUGAUGCCAAACGUUUGAUUGGACGUCGAUUUGAUGAUGAGAAAGUUCAAGCUGAUAUGAAGCAUUGGCCCUUCAAAGUUUAUAAUGAUUGUGGAAAACCAAAACUUCAAGUUGAGUUCAAAGGUGAAGUUAAGAAGUUUGCACCAGAAGAAAUCAGUUCGAUGGUUUUGACAAAGAUGAGAGAAAUUGCUGAAGCUUAUUUGGGUUCAAAAGUCACCGAUGCAGUCAUCACAGUUCCUGCUUACUUCAAUGAUUCACAGAGACAAGCCACUAAAGAUGCUGGAGCUAUUGCUGGUCUCAACGUCUUAAGAAUCAUCAACGAACCAACAGCAGCAGCUUUGGCUUAUGGCUUAGACAAGAACUUGAAAGGAGAAAGAAAUGUUUUGAUCUUCGAUCUUGGUGGCGGAACUUUCGAUGUUUCCAUCUUAACCAUCGAUGAAGGUUCAUUGUUUGAAGUGAAAUCUACAGCUGGUGACACUCAUCUCGGUGGUGAAGAUUUCGACAACAGAUUGGUGAAUCAUUUCUUGGAAGAGUUCAAAAGAAAACACAAGAAAGACUUGAGUGGAAACAUGAGAGCAUUGAGACGAUUGAGAACGGCAUGUGAACGAGCUAAGCGCACAUUAUCAUCAUCGACUGAAGCAACAAUUGAAGUUGAUGCACUUCACGAAGGUGUUGACUUUUAUUCGAAAAUUUCCCGAGCUCGUUUCGAAGAAUUGAACAUGGAUCUCUUCCGAUCAACUCUCCAACCAGUCGAACAAGCUUUACGUGAUGCGAAAAUGGACAAAGGACAAAUCCAUGACGUUGUGUUGGUCGGAGGUUCAACACGCAUACCAAAGAUUCAGAAGAUGCUUCAAGAUUUCUUCUGUGGCAAGCAACUUAACUUCUCUAUCAAUCCAGACGAAGCAGUAGCUUAUGGUGCUGCUGUUCAAGCUGCAAUCUUGACAGGAGAUCAAAGUUCACAGAUUCAAGAUGUGUUGCUUGUAGACGUCACUCCAUUGUCGUUGGGAAUUGAAACAGCUGGUGGUGUAAUGACAAAGAUCAUUGAACGAAACGCGAGAAUUCCUUGCAAGCAACAACAAACCUUCACAACAUACUCCGAUAAUCAAUCUGCUGUUACAAUUCAAGUUUAUGAAGGUGAAAGAGCCAUGACCAAAGAUAACAAUUUGUUGGGAACUUUCAAUCUCACUGGAAUCCCACCAGCACCUCGUGGAGUUCCUAAAAUUGAAGUAACAUUUGAUCUCGAUUCCAAUGGAAUCAUGAACGUUUCAGCUAAAGAUAACUCAACUGGAAAACAGGAAAAAAUAACAAUCAAGAACGACAGCGGUCGUUUGUCGAAAGCCGAAAUCGAUCGAAUGUUGUCGGAAGCUGAAAAGUAUCGUGAAGAAGACGAGAAACAACAGAAACGCAUUCAAUCUCGUAAUCAACUCGAAGCUUACAUUUUCGGAUGCAAGCAAGCUGUAGAAGAUGCUCCAGCAGGAAAAUUGACUGAAGAUGAUAAGAAAGUUGUACGUGACAAAUGUUUAUCAGAACUUUCAUGGCUUGACUCGAACAAUCUCGCCGAGAAAGAAGAAUUUGAAGAUCAUCUGAAAGAAGCCCAAAAAGUCUGCAGUCCAAUAAUGGCAAAACUUCAUGGAGGGGCUGGCGGUCCAGGAUUCACUCCAAAAGCUGGUCAACAACAACACAGUGGACCAACAGUUGAAGAAGUUGAUUAA